UAAAAUGUUUUUAAAUUCACGUGGAGCAGACAUUUUGUUGCAGUUCUAAACGUUCGGUUCGGUUUGUUAAACCUGUCGUUGUGGCGCCAAUGCAUGUUGACUAUCGUUCAUCGAUACACCGCGUACACGGCAACCGUGUGUGACCACAAAUCCGUUGACCAACACUGACUGCAGCAGAGCAGACAACAACAACAUCGAACGUGCGUGCGUGUGUGUGCGUGUGAGAUUGGAAGACAAUGGCUGCAGCUGCGGAUCUGGUUGUUCCUACCCUUGCCAUUCGCUCUAGCGUGGGCGUGGAAUUGUGGUCCACGGCGGGCCCCAAGCAGCCCUACGAGCACAAGCCCCACCUGCCCCGCGAGGAGACGAAGAGCUCCCGCUCGAUCUGCUUCAGCUCCGACGGCCGGUACUUCGCCUUCUCCAACGGCCAGGAGGUCAAGGUGCUCCAGGUGAGCCAGGACAGCGCCGCCAGCUGGCCAGUCAAGUGCGUCCUGCCCAGGCCCAAGGCCUUCUACCUCCAGUUCUCGCCACGUGGCAGCUACCUGUGCACCUGGGAGCACUAUGCCAUCACCAAGGACCGGCCGGAGGGCUCGCCCAACCUGCUCGUCUACGAGGUGGCCACCGGCGCCGAGGUGUUCGCCAUCGUCCAGAAGAACCAGACAGACUGGCAACCCUCCUGGUCGGCGGACGAGUCCAUCUUCGCCCUGGUCGUUGGAGGCGAGGCGCUCUUCUAUGACCUCGGCGAGGGAGCAGACAAGGGAUUUGCCUCCACGUCGCGCAAGAUCGGAGGUAGUCGCGGCGGAAUGCUGUCGCUGGGCCCCGGGAACUGUCCGCCCUUCUUGGCUUUCUACACGCCAGGCGCCAAGGGCGCUCCUUCCAUGUGCAAGCUUUACAAGUACCCAGCACUGGGCCAGAACCAGACCGUUGCCUGCAAGAGCUUCUUCCAGGCGGACCGCGUCGAGAUGCUGUGGAACAAGCGGGGCAGUGGAUUGCUGCUUCUGACCAGCACGGAGGUGGACAAGAGCGGCGCCUCGUACUACGGCAACCAGGCGGUGCACUUCAUGGCCACGAAGGGCGACACCUGCUCAGUGCCCCUCUCCAAGGAGGGUCCGGUACACUGCGUGAAGUGGAGUCCCAAGGCAACUGAGUUUGUGGUCGUCUACGGGUUCAUGCCCUCGAAGGCGGCCCUCUACAAUCUCAAGUGCGAUGUGGUCUUCGACUUUGGCGAGGGGCCGCGCAACUGCGCGUACUUCAAUCCGUUCGGCAACCUCAUAGUGCUCGCUGGCUUCGGCAAUUUGCCCGGAGCCGUCGAGGUGUGGGAUGUGUCCAAACGUGAGAAGCUGGCGAACCUCAAGUGCGCCGACACCACGGUCUUCGAGUGGCAUCCGAACGGGGAGUGGUUUAUUACGGCCACCACGGCGCCCAGGCUACGCAUCAGCAACGGGUUCAAGGUGUACCACUACUCAGGAGCCCUGCUCCACGAGACCAUGUGGCCGCAGGGCCAGGAGCUGCUGGGCAUCGAGUGGCAGCAGUUCGCUGACAAGACGUUCAGCGAGCCAAAGAUCACCAAGGCAAAGCACGAGGGCAUUAAAUCCAGCCAACCCGAGGCCAGCAAGAAGGCCUACACACCGCCCCAUCUGCGGCUGUUGAAGGAGGGCAAGAAUCCGGAGAAGUAUCUGCCCCAGCCGAGUGUUCCCGGACUGGCCCCGGCAGCAGCAGCAGGUGGUGCCAAUGGAAACAAGAGGCACAACAAGAACAAGCAGCGGAGCGCUAGGAAGGAUGUAAACGUGAACGGCGGCGAUGCGGAAUCUGUUCCGGUCGAAGUGGCGGAGCCAGGUGAUCUUGGUGCUCGUCAGUCACCCGUUUCGGUGCCUAAAGUGGAGCAGAGGCAGCAGCCCACUCCCAGACCAAAGUACCAGCAGAACAACGCCGCCGAUCAGCAAGAGAAUACCCAGGGACAGGGCCAGGCCAAUGGGCAGAACAUCAGCGAGAAGGACCGCAAGAUCCGCAGCGUCGCCAAGAAGCUGUCGGACAUCAAGAAGCUGAAGGUCCGUCGCAGCCAGGGCGAGAACCUGGAGCUGAACCAAUUAAACAAGAUUAAGAUGGAAGCAUUGUACCUGGACGAGCUCAAGGCUCUCAAGUUGUCAGCCUAGUAGGACGAUGAAAGCGAUGACGACGACGGCGGCGAGAUGAAGGAUAGGGAUGCGAGGAGCAAUUGCUCUUGUGAUUGUGAUACACCACCUCUUCUCAGCUCCACUCCAUUUCCACCUCCUGUCCGUCCCUUCCUGCUGUCUUACGCUCACUUUGUGGCCCCCCGUUUGCCGCGAUAAGUUUCUAGUUAAAAACAUUUUUCUACUAUUGUGAUUUCUUAACUAUUUUUUGGCAAAACAAACAGUCACUCCCAAACAACAAAUUUAUGUACCAAAUUGUGCUACUGAGUAAAUAAAGAUGUUUCCACCAAGA